UGCACAUUGAAGCCACCGCGACCUUUCAGGAAGCCGAUGUCGGACAAUGAGUGGCUCGACGACAGUCCCGACACGGUCGCGCCGUCCCAGCGGCCACCGCCGACGACGAGGAGGCGCCGCCGCCGUCACCUCUACUACAUUGCUCGAAGCACCACCUCCAAGAAGCCACUGCCGCCGCCAGCCUCAUCGCGUGGGCCAUGGCCACAGUCGUCGAGGCACAGAGUAGAGUUCGUACGUCCAGUGAAGCCGAGUGCCAAAGAAGGGUGGCGGCGGUUCUUCUCGUCCGAUUUGAUCGACCUCGCCCUGGUGUUUGUCAUCUGGACAGUCGUUGGGGGCCUCAUCUACGUCCUCCACGUCGACGUGCCCCGGGCGUACCACGAUGCCAUGUGGGUAUGCAUUGCCCUGUUUUCGGCUCCCAUGGGGCUAUUCACUGGUCUGCACGUGUACGAGUUGUACGUAUUGCGCCAAGCGAGUCGAAAGGGCAGGGGCAAGGUGCUUAUACAAUAAUAAAGCAACAUUCUACUUGCGACGGUAGGAUUUGUAUACUAUAUAUACGCAGAGUUAUGGCCAUUCUGGGCUCUUGAGCCCCGACAGCACCUCGGCCGGCCGCGGGUCGACCAACUUGAGCCGUUUGUUGCUGUUAAAGCCAUUGGGGCACUGUCGUUGCUUGUGUUGGACGAGCAGCGUAUUCCACAGCUUGAGUGUCGUGCAUAGAGCAUACGUUUGCUUGAUCGUGUCGGCGUUCUAAAUAUAUAAGCACGAGGCAUGGUAGGCAGGGAUGUAUUCAAAAGAUAAACAUAAAUAAAAAAGUAUUAAAAAUAGAAUUAAAAACAACAACUUUGAACCUCAGCAAUAAAUGGAUACUAGUAUAUAUAUUGUGGUAUAUUCGAU